AUGAAAAGUCAUUUUCUGGAUGCGCAAAAAUCUGAUAUUUUUGUGGAAGUGCAUUCUGUGACCAAUAAACAUUCCGAUAAAUGCGUCGUGAAAGAAGUGGUACAGCCAGAAACAUCUUUCAUUUGGGCUGACAGCGAAUCCAGGAAUCAGAUGCUAAAUGAGCAACCUAUGAAAGAGAGUGUUGUUGCUACGUUUGGUUCUUUUAUGCGUACAAAUUUAGAAGGUGAACUAGUACUGCGAUUUUACUGGCUUGACGCUUUCGAAGAUCCUAUUAAGAUGCCAGGAACGGUUUAUCUUUUUGGUCGAUUGAUCAACGGUAGUAUUUCCGAAAGCUGCUGUGUGGUUGUUAAAAAUAUAUGGCGACAAGUUUUUUUUUUACCUCGUGAGAAGCAUUUAGUAAACGAAGUACAAACUGAUGAAGUGGAUUUAAUGCAAGUUAAUGAAGAAGUGCAGAAAAUACUCAGGUCGAUGGGUGUUAAAGUUGUCAAAUGCAGGCCAUGUGAGAAGAAAUUUGCGUACAAUGAUGGAAUCGUACCCCAGAAUGCUCAAGUACUUGAAGUGCAGUAUAGUUUCAAUGAUCCACGAUUGCCAAUGGAUCUGAGUGGAGAAACAUUCAGUCAUGUUUUUAAUACAACUGCUAAUGCCAUGGAAAGAUUGUUGGUUGAAACCGGUAUGAAAGGACCUUCGUGGAUAGAAAUUUCUGGCUGUAAUGUCUCUUCUCUUCAAGUAACUUAUGUCAAACAUGAAUUUACGGUUGAUAUGGAACGAAUGAAAUCGAUUUCCAUAAGUGACUGCUCAGAUCCACCACCGAACCUAAAUUUGUUGACAGUGAACAUAGUUACAAUAAUCAACUCUAAGAAAGAAAGCGAGAUUGUUUCUAUCUCCUGUAUAUUUGACCGAAAAUGCACAACUACAAAUCCUACUUUGAACAGAAAUUUUUUGGAACGUUUCUGCAUUCUUACAAAACCAAGUUUUUCUGCCUAUCCAUUUGACCUUAAAAUAAAUCUGAAGCAAUUGGGAAUGGACACUGUUGUUUAUGAAACAACGAAUGAGCGUCAUAUGCUUAAUCAUUUCUUGUGUAAAUUGCAAAAUCUGGAUCCUGAUGCAUAUGCGGGGCACGACUUAGCAACCCAAUUUACUAUAUUAUCUUCACGUAUAGAAAAGCUUGGUAUUGCUCACUGGUCACGUUUGAGCCGUUUGAAGCGUUCAGUUAAAGCUAGACAAGCAGCUCAUAUGAAAACUUCGCAGUGGGAACUGACGGCUGGACGUUUUAUUCUAGACAGCAGAUUAUCAGCUAUGGAGCUACUGAGAAUGCGAAGCUAUGACCUGUAUGAUCUAUCGUCUGAUUUGCUUGGAAUAAAUCAUCAUUUUGCAGAGAAACAAGAUAUCUCUACUCACUUUGCGAAUUCAACACAGUUGAUCAGAUUUAUCAACAAUGCUUGGAUGGAUGCUUGGUUAUCUCUUGCUAUUAUUGUUGAGCUCAACGCUUUGCCGUUAUUUAUUCAAAUUACAAAAAUUGUGGGUGGCGUACUGUCAAGGACAGUGUUGGGUGGACGAGCAGAACGAAAUGAAUAUUUAUUAUUACAUGCAUUCAACAAAGCUGGUUAUGUUGCACCAAAUAAAUAUCAAUCAGAUUCUAAGAAAAGGAAGCAAUCGCAGUUGAGAGACACCAGAAGUGCAGAUAAUCAUCCGGGAGAUUAUAAUAAAAUCCUGCAGAACCGCAAGGGACAGUACGCGGGUGGUUUGGUGUUGGAUCCAAAAAUGGGCUUAUAUGAUACGUUUAUAUUGCUAUUGGAUUUCAAUAGUUUAUAUCCAAGUAUCAUUCAGGAAUAUAACAUUUGUUUUACCACUGUUGAUAUGUCCAAAAAGGACAAAAAUGAAAUGCCGGAAUUACCGACUGAUGCAAAUGAAGGGAUAUUGCCGCGUGAAAUUCGAUCUUUAGUGGAAAGGAGACGUGAUGUGAAAAGGAUGAUGAAAUCCGAAAAACUUACAGAGCAACAAAGGCAACAGUAUGAUAUUCGUCAAAUGGGAUUAAAGCUAACAGCUAAUAGCAUGUACGGAUGUCUCGGUUUCCAACAGUCGCGUUUUUAUGCGAAACCGCUUGCUGCACUGAUAACAGCUCAAGGACGAGAAAUUCUUAUGCACACAAAAGAUUUGGUCGAAAAGAGUGGUUAUUCUGUUAUUUAUGGUGAUACUGAUUCGGUAAUGAUUAAUACCGGAUUCUCGGAACGGUCCGAACUGCAGCAUGUAAAAAAAUUGGGGAACGAUAUCAAAAAAAUAAUAAACCAAUCUUAUAAGAAAUUGGAAAUUGAUAUCGAUGGUAUAUUUAUAAAGUUGUUGUUACUGAAAAAGAAAAAGUACGCUGGUCUAGCAGUCGAUUUGAACGAUGAAAGAAAAAUAAAACGUGAAAUUAAGGGUCUGGACAUUGUUCGCCGCGAUUAUUCGUUCAUUGUAAAGGAGAUUGGAAACGAAAUAUUAGAUAUAAUCCUAUCAGUGCAAUCACAAAAUCGCGAUGAAAUUAUUGAACAAAUUCACAGUCGUUUGCAGAAAUUAAAAGAAGAGAUAUCUCAAGAACUACUUGAAAUUUCGAUGUUUCAGAUCUUUAAGCAAUUAACUCGGAACCCCGACGAAUAUACAAAUAUCAAUAUUCAGCCUCAUGCAGUUGUUGCUCAACGACUCAAUGCAACCGGAAAAUUCAAAUUUCAUCGGGGUGAUACGGUUGGCUAUAUAAUUUGUGAGGAUGGUAGUGGACAGUCGGCUACUCAGCGUGCUUAUCACUUAACAGAAGUUCAGGAAAAUAACCUCAGAAUUGACUUUCAUUAUUAUUUGGUGCAGCAGAUUAUUCCAGUUGUAAGCAGGUUGUGUGUUCCAAUCGAAGAGUGUAAUGAAGCUUGGGUAGCACAAGCAUUAGGUUUGGAUAGUAUGAUAUAUGAAAAACAUGCUGUACAUGAGGAAAAUGUGGAUAGGGAAGAGCAACUUUUGUGUUUUUCAUACCACAGUCUUCAGCGUUGUGAAUCGUUUAAGUUUGUCUGUCCAAAUGAUGGUUGCGGACAUGAAUUCCUUGUUCGUGAAUGUGUGAUACAAGAUGACAACGAUAAACAGAAGCUGUGGUUGAGUGAGUGUUCCAUUUGUCACAAUUCUUUAUUAUGCUUUGGUGCAUAUUUAUAUAACCAGUUACAGCUAACUCUUGACAGAAUUUCAUAUGUAUGUGAUGAUAUUGGCUGUGCAUAUCGAACACGAACAUUAGUUUUGGCAUGGACAAGAGAAGGUGUUCCAUGUCCGAAAUGCAAAAAUGGCUUUAUGAGUAGAGAAUACUCAUCAAAAGCGCUUUAUCAACAACUGGUUUUCUAUCACGCAUUGUUCGACGUGAUGAAGGCGAUAGAUAAUUUUACCGAAGAACAGAGAAUGAAAUUACGAUGUAGAGUCGAUUGGAAAGAAGCUACUGUUCUGCUCGCUGAACUACUCUCGUUGUGUGAUCAGUAUAUUGCUGAUAACCAGUACAAUUGUGUAUCACUUUCAUACUUGUUUUCUACCAUGAGACCGUCGUAA